CGACGUUAUUUUGAUGACUAAAUAUUUUGUCUUGUGUUAAAUUUAAAUUAUUUAAACUAAAAAAAAAAUUAGUGGUUGAUAAAUAAAUAAAAUAAAUUUUAAAAAUUGAAAUGUUUUCUUCCAUCAGAGCUCUUCGUUUCGCGAAUAGAAAUUUAGCCGGCAGAUUAUUUUCCCAGCAAACUAAUCAAGGUCAGCCUAGCAAACCAACUGAAAUAAAUGUCGCUGGACUCAGUGAAAAUUGUGUUGCUGUUCCACCACAACCUGUCGGAGCCGUUGGUGCUGCAAAAAACAAAGAAUACAAAAAUCCUGAAUAUUUCUGUUAUCAUGUAGACAGUUUCGCUGAAGCGGAAGUGGAAUUGGCCAAAUUCCGACUUCCACCUCCGUCAAAUAAACGAAAAUUUGGCCAGUAAUUGUCCAUUAUGCCAAAUAGUUGAAUAUUAAUUAAUCAUAAUUGUAAUUAGUGUAUAAAUUAUAUUAAAAUAAUUACUUACUAUUAUUUUCAUGUAACCACGUGCUUUCA